UGAGUGAACAAGCAGAGCAUUGGUCAUAAUGGGUUCCCUGCGCUCUUCACUGGCUGUUAUAUGUGUAUUGAGUAUUUGGACUACAGGAUAUGCUGCAGACUGUGGUGAUCGACAGACUAAGACAAAUGGACGAUGCUGUGACCUGUGUCCCCCAGGUGAAUAUGUUGAGGCAUUCUGCACAGAGCAACGGAAAACCGUCUGUAGCCCCUGUGGGGAGGGCUACUACUCGAGCCAAUAUAACUUCUUUGACAGAUGUGAGAAAUGCCGGUCAUGCCAACAAGAAUAUGCUGGGAAAUGUACACCGACCGCAGAUGCAAAAUGUUCGUGCCGUUCUGGUUUCCUGUGCUCCAACAAUGUCUGUUCAAAGUGUGAGGAAAACAAGUGUGUCACAGGGGAGAAGGUGAAGAGGACAGACAUUUCCCAGGGAAAAUGGUUGAUAGUGUAUUCAUAUCAGUGUGAGCCUGCAUGCCCUAAUGAUGCAUACUUUGAUGUGAAAGAAAAUGUCUGCAAGCCACGAACACAGUGCAGUUUAUUUGGACUUGCUGAGCAGUUUCCAGGCAACAAAACCCACAACUCUGUUUGUGAUCGAGAGAGGCACAGAAAUGGGAAAGACUUCAUUCAUGUGAUCCUUGGCAUCGGCUUUGUUUUGCUUUCUCUCACCUUCCUUGUGCUUGUAUCUUAUGCCUGUAUGAAGAACCUGAGGAAGCAAAAACCAUAUGCUCAUCCCAUCGGCAUCCCAGCACUCUCAACCAACACCAGCAACUUUCACCUGUCAAAGGAGGAGAGUGGGUUCCAGCUCAUCAUCCAGGAUGAGUCCAGGAAGAGUGAAAGUUUGGACCAACUGCAGCUGGAAAAAAUCUGUGCUUUGUGAUAACAAGUCUAUGAUGACAUGUUCAAUCACAAGUACUAUAAUAAUAUUAAUAUAAUGGUACAAAGGAUCUUCCUCCGUAUCAGCACACAUUUAAAUAUAGAGAAACCUGUUGAGAUUAAUGGUACGGGCUUGUGACUGAAAGGUCCCUGGUUCAAUCUCCAGCAGGAUAGAUCUCAGCAUUAUGAUUACAUUAGGGUAUCACUGAGCACGCGAUUAACCCUCAUCUGCUCUAGUACUCAGUGUUCAACAGAUUAAAGGUCCAGUUUUCAAUGUGUGGGAAUGUAAAGCGUGAAAGUUCAAUAGUAGGAAAUCUAGUGUCUAUAUAUUUAGUUGUUUCUUACAAACGCCCCAAAGAGGGCUGUGACUGUAAAGAUUGUUUUGUAAAUCUUCUGAAGAAUAAAUAAAGGUUUUUAAAGGUU